CAUUUGAGUGCGGCAACACUAUUAUUGGUCUCAACUGGAAAUUGUUGUCUCGCUAUGGAUGAAACAGUUAUGCAGUUAUCGCCGUAUAAUUUAAUAAAUUUCACGAAUCAAGCAGACAUACAUAUAGUUAAUAAAACCAGAAAUUGUACAUUCACAAUCAACGGAAACCAUGAAUACUUACAAGGAUGAAGCAAAGCUUCUGCCUUACGAAUUGAAUUACGAUAGGCCACAAAUACCAGAACUAAGCCCACAGCCAAUAGAAGAAAGCCUCUGGCAUACAGUGACGUCAUCAUUUUUGGUCCUACAGAAAUGUAUGCCAAUAAUAUUAUUCUAUUUGCUGUCCCAAGUUAUUUCUAAAACAUAUCUUCCGGAAUCUCGUGGCAAAUUCCUUAUGGAAAUGAUAGUUAUCAUUAUACCCACAGUGAUUUUUGCAGAUCCAAUCAACCAAUAUCACAUGCACUUAGUAAAUUUUUUUCUCAUCACUUUCGUAUGUAUAUCGCUUAUAAGAAUUUAUAAAUGUGAUGCACACCAGCGAGUUUAUGUUAUUGGUGCCAAUCGUCCAUUCAUCAUAACCUUGGUUCGUGCUACAAUCAAUAUACUUGCAACGAUAUAUAUACUAUUUGGAGAGAAUGUAAAAGUGACACAGAAUUCUUACGCAAUAUCAGAAUCCUAUGGCAUAUGCUUAAAGGAUAUGGGCAUUGGUUUAUAUGUAUUCUCUAUGGGAAUUGUUCAGCGCAAAAGCAGGCGGUACGAACGUUUGAAACGAAAUACGUGUAUAUUGCUCACAUUGGGUUUGAUUCGUUUCAUUUGUACGCAAUUUUUCAAUAUUGACCAAGAUAUACACGAAUACGGCUCACACUGGAAUGGUUUCAUCACAAUGGCUCUAACAAACAUAGGUGGUACAUAUAUAUAUGAAUCACUUCGUUCCCCAAAAGAUCGGCUUUUUGGAGGAGUAGCUUUUAUGAUUUUCCAUCAAGUCAUGUUACAUUUCAUGACCGAAGCAAUCAUUCUCAAUGAAGAUAAACCGCGUGACACCUUACCCGAUGCGAAUCGCGAAGGAAUAUACUCAUAUUCCGGUUUCUUAGCACUCUACCUGUUAUCCACUUUCAUCGGUGACUGCCUCCGUCCGAGGCCGAAGAAUGUAAUAUUGUUUUAUAAUGAGGCGCUUCGCAUGUUUAAGGAACUAGCUGUAUUAGUUUUAUCACUGUGGGGAAUGGUGAUUGUUUGUCAUUACACAACAUCGUUUUCGCGUGUCUUAUGUAAUACCGGAUACGUCGUGUUUGUAUUAGCUAUUGCUACAACAAUGACGUUUCUUGCUAUGCUGGUUUUUCAUGUAAUCCUGAAUACAUUAUGGUUUACUACAGAAUUUAAAAAAUAUGGUAGAAUCUAUAUGGGUAGGAUUAUAAAAAACGCUGAUUUGCCCUAUUACAGAGAUUUCUUUCCAUCUAUUGUAGGCAUAAUGAGUAGGAAUGGUUGGGUUGCCAUCGCAAUGUCCUACACUUAUGCCCACUUUUGGAGUUUGCUUCGUCCGCACGAAGUCAAACAUUUUGAAGAGACUUUAUUCGUAAUAGGUUGUACGAUUUCUGUGAUUUUAGUGAAUUAUGCACUGCAAUUAGCAGCGCGACGGUGUAAUCUAUCCUAACCUAUUCGAUAAAAUGAUUUAGUAAAUAAGAGAUAUUUUUGUAAUAAUUAAAUUUUUUAUGUAAGGUAUUGUACAUGUUAAUGGUUCCGAUACUUCCAAUUACAUCAAAAUGUCUUAUUUCAUUUUUUGACCAGUGAAGUCUUGACUAAAACAAAUGAAAUUCACUUUUUUCAUU